GCAGCUUCGACUCUGCAUCUCUCGACUCAGCCACCACGUCGGAGGAUACGGCACCAAUAGCUCCUUCCCUCAGUCUGACAAUAGAGGCUGAGCACAAUUCCGAUAUUAUUAUGGCCUCAGCCGUCUUCUCUUCCCUCACUUGCCUGACAAGGCCCGACUUGAACCCUAAGCUUUUCCCUCCUUGACCCUGCUACUUUUUGUCGCUACGGCAAGCUAAACAACACCAUGAUCUUCGGCGGUCUUGAGCUUGUUGCAGGCGGAUACCUCAUUCACCGGCAUUAUCGAAAGAAGAACGGAAAGGAGCAGCUUGAGGAAGAGGCUCAACAGCGACGCCAUCACACAUUUCCUGGUGCCAACCCUGCAAAGCAGAAUGGCUGGAAUACUCAGGCCCACCACCGCCCUCAACACCAUCCACACACGCAACAGCAGCAACCCGUGAUACCACAGCAAAAGUACGCGUGCUAUGCUCCAGUACCGGCACAGCCUCGACCGCAGAUAUACCAGCCUCAAUUCCAACCCCAGGCUCAAGUUCAGCACCACACCCAGCACCAAUCGCGACCGCACGCGCCUCCUCACACGCAAAGCUUCAACAUCCCACGGCGGCCUGUACCGCAGCGAAAGCCUCAGAUCAUCAUCGAGCCCUCUCUCCAACGCACCGACUCCUUUGCGACGAUAUCGCGCAUGCCCAUCGCGAACGGCUCACGGCCACACGACGUCACCGAGCAGGCUAGCCCUGCGACUGGCCUUUCGCCUAUACCACAACAUGGCGUCUAUGGAAACGCGGGGUUUUCGGUGUCGACACCGGCAUUUGGAGCUACGCCUACAUCGCCAGGACUAGUAUACGAAAUGGCUACGGGGCAUGAGGACGGUGCUGGUCAGACUGUGGACGAUAACUGGGAGACGUAUGGCCGCGCGAAUGGUGGGGGGCUGCAUUAUGCGCCGACUGUGUCUACUGAGCUGGGCGAGCGCGAUCCACCGCCGCCCUACAAGCCUUGAUGCAUGCGCCAAAUACGCCAGGCCCAAUCUUUCUUCUUUUCUUCUUUCAGGGAACUCUUGGUUAUUGUACACUUUAAUGCACGUAUUGAACACGUACAAUCUACGGUUAAAAUAUGCUCUUUCACAUAGUGCUUUCGUAGCUCGAACUGCUACCGCCUUGGUAGAUUCAUUCAUGGCAUCAACGAGCGAAGCCUUGCGCGCAGACGAGGGCACCUUCCCACACCGAUCGCAGAAACACUCACUUCGUGAU